CAGACCAGACCACUCACGACCGCUCUUUCUGCUCGCAACUGUUCGUGUGCAGCACCGUAUCAAACGAUCCUUUUUCUCCCCUGGGGUUUAUCUAAUCCAAAACCCUAGCAUUCUAAACCCUAACUUCACAAACUCGUAAAAAUGACGAAGGUGUACGGAACCGGAUUGUUUGAUUUCAAGCGUCACCGGGUGGCGGAGUACCCGGUGGAAUCACAGCAGAUCCGCGAGAAGCCUCCGGAGUCGCAGACGGGUUCGAAUUUGCCAAACUCAAUAACGCUGAUCGAGAUUCAGAGGGACCGCCUGACGAAGAUUGCGUUGGAGAAUUGGUCCAAGGCUGGAGGCGGAGAGAGGCCGAAGAAGUCUUUCAGUCCGGAUCUGGUGAAGGAGAUUUACGACAUGGAGUUGCUGGUCAAGGGUGGUCGGAAGCCCGUGCCGCUGCAGAGGGUGAUGAUUCUGGAGGUGAGUCAGUACUUGGAGAAUUACCUCUGGCCCAAUUUCGACGGAGAGAAGGCGACUUUUGAGCAUGUCAUGUCGAUGAUACUCAUGAUCAAUGAGAAGUUUCGGGAGAAUGUGGCUGCUUGGAUUUGUUUUUAUGAUAGGAAAGAUAUGUUUAAGGCAUUUCUUGAGAGGGUUCUUCGGCUGAAGGAGGGUAGAAGCUUAAGUAUUGCUGAGAAGACUAAUUACCUGCUUUUCAUGAUUAAUGCCUUUCAGAGCUUGGAAGAUGAGAUAGUAAGUAAACACAUCUUAAGAUUAGCAAGUCUGCAGUGCUGGCAUAGUCUAUCAUAUGGUCGUUUUCAGAUGGAACUUUGUGUUAAUCGAGAUCUGAUCAAGAAAUGGAAAAGGAUCACAAAAAAGGCUAAGGAAGCAAACAAACGAGGAGAGCUCUUUGAUCCUUCAACUUUGCUGGAAGUGACUUUUGUGAGAAAUCUCAUUGAAGAGUUUUUGGAGGUACUUGAUUUGAAAGUUUUUCCUCGUAAACAAAGUGAUAAUGAGGAUGAUACACUUGAUGUAAAUGGUGAUGCUUGUGUAUUGUACUGUGAGAGGUUUAUGGAAUUUCUUAUUGAUCUCUUGAGCCAACUACCAACGAGGAGAUUUUUAAAGCCUCUUGUUGCUGAUGUUGCUGUUGUUGCUAAAUGUCAUUUAAGCGCUCUUUAUAGACAUGAAAAGGGGAAACUCUUUGCACAACUGGUUGACUUGCUGCAGUUCUAUGAAGGUUUUGAGAUUGACGAUCGUUUAGGCAGACAAAUGACUGAUGAUGAGGUGCUCCAAUCUCAUUAUGACCGCCUCCAGGCUUUUCAGCUAUUUGCAUUUAAGAAGAUUCCCAAGUUGCGGGAACUUGCAUUGGCUAAUAUCGGCUCAGUUAACAGGCGUUCUGAUUUAUCAAAGAAACUCUCUGUGCUUUCUUCUGAAGAGCUGAGGGACCUAGUCUGCUGCAAGCUCAAACUGGUAUCGAAGGAUGAUCCAUGGUCAGAAAGAGUUGAUUUUCUUGUUGAAGUUAUGGUUUCAUUCUUUCAGAAACAACAGUCGCAGAAGGAGGCCAUAAAUGCUCUUCCCCUUUACCCGAAUGAGCAGAUAAUGUGGGAUGAAAGUCUUGUUCCAAGCAUCAACUACACUGGGGAAGGGUGUCUGGCUCUGCCAAAACUUAAUUUACAGUUUUUGACACUUCAUGAUUAUCUUCUUAGAAAUUUUAACCUCUUCCGCCUUGAAUCAACAUAUGAGAUCCGGGAAGACAUUCAAGAAGCUGUGCCUCACCUGCUUGCUCAUAUUAAUAAUGAGGGAGAAACUGCUUUUCGUGGUUGGUCUAGAAUGGCUGUGCCCAUUAAAGAAUUUAGAAUUACCGAGGUAAAGCAGCCAAAUAUUGGAGAGGUAAAGCCAUCAUCUGUUAUGGCUGAAGUUACUUUCAGCAUAUCCAGUUACAGAGCACAAAUAAGAUCAGAAUGGAAUGCCCUCAAAGAACAUGAUGUUCUCUUUCUACUUUCUAUCCGUCCUUCAUUUGAGCCUCUAAGUUCAGAGGAAGCUGCAAAAGCAAAUGUGCCACAAAAACUUGGUCUUCAAUUUGUACGUGGAUGUGAAGUUAUUGAGAUGCGAGAUGAGGAGGGAACCCUCAUGAAUGAUUUCACUGGGAGAAUUAAAAGGGAUGAAUGGAAGCCUCCCAAAGGUGAACUGAGAACUGUGGCAGUUGCUCUAGAUGCCGCCCAAUACCAUAUGGAUGUCAGUGAUAUAGCAGAAAAAGGAGCAGAAGAUGUUUAUGGUACCUUCAAUGUAUUGAUGAGGAGGAAACCCAAGGAAAACAAUUUCAAAGCAAUUUUAGAAUCCAUAAGAGAUCUAAUGAAUGAAUCUUGUAUUGUUCCUGAUUGGCUGCAUGACAUAUUUUUGGGGUAUGGGAAUCCAUCUGCUGCACAGUGGAUGAAUAUGCCAGAUCUUCUAGAGACAGUAGAUUUCAAAGAUACUUUCCUUGAUGCUGAUCAUGUCAGACAGGGUUUUCCAGAUUACGAGGUUUGUUUUAUAAAUUCAGAUGGAACAGAAAACUUGCAGUCGAAGCCUCCUUUUCGAAUUAGGCUUCCCAGGAAUCUUAAAGGCAAUUCUCAUGCUCUUCUUGGAAAUGAGAAGUCUACCAUAGCGUCAAUUAAUGAUGCCAAUAUGGUGGAUGCCAGUUCUGCGAAAGAAAAACUUAUUGUUGAGGCUUAUGUCCCUCCUUAUCCAGGUCCAUAUCCCCAAGAUCAGCCAAAACAGAAUUCUGUCAGAUUUACUCCCACACAGGUUGGAGCAAUCAUGUCAGGCAUUCAGCCUGGCUUAACGAUGGUUGUCGGUCCACCUGGUACGGGAAAGACUGAUACGGCUGUGCAAAUCCUGAAUGUGCUUUACCAUAACUGUCCAUCUCAGAGAACGUUGAUAAUUACUCAUUCGAAUCAGGCUUUGAAUGAUCUGUUUGAGAAGAUAAUGCAGAGGGAUGUUCCUGCUCGCUAUCUUCUUCGACUUGGUCAAGGUGAACAAGAAUUAGCAACUGAUCUUGACUUCAGUCGACAAGGCCGUGUGAAUGCAAUGCUUGUUCGGCGGUUAGAACUGCUUAGUGAAGUAGAGAGGCUUGCUAGAUCUCUCCAAUUGCCUGAGGACGUAGGUUACACUUGCGAAACUGCUGGAUACUUUUGGUUGCUGCAUGUCUACUCACGCUGGGAGCAAUUCCUAGCAGCUUGUGCGGAGAAUCAUGAUAAACCAACAUUUGUUCAAGACCGUUUUCCUUUUAAGGAGUUCUUCUCCAACACACCUCAGACAGUUUUUACAGGCCAGUCCUUUGAGAAAGACAUGCGAGCAGCUGAGGGUUGCUUUCGUCAUCUUAAAACUAUGUUCCAAGAACUUGAAGAGUGUAGGGCAUUUGAAUUACUCAAGUCCACAGUUGAUCGAUCAAAUUACCUAAUGACCAAACAAGCCAAGAUUGUGGCCAUGACUUGCACUCAUGCAGCUCUUAAAAGAAAGGAUUUCCUUCAGUUUGGCUUUAAGUAUGACAACCUGUUAAUGGAAGAAAGUGCCCAAAUCUUGGAGAUUGAAACUUUUAUACCAAUGUUGCUCCAAAGGCAGGAAGAUGGCUAUGCUCGGCUCAAGCGCUGCAUAUUGAUUGGUGAUCAUCACCAGCUGCCUCCUGUUGUGAAGAAUAUGGCUUUUCAAAAGUACAGCCAUAUGGAUCAGAGUCUAUUCACAAGGUUUGUUCGUUUGGGAAUCCCCUACAUUGAGCUCAAUGCCCAGGGUAGAGCUAGGCCAAGUAUAGCUAGACUUUACAACUGGAGGUACAGAGAUCUGGGUGAUCUUCCAUAUGUAAAAGAGGAUGCUAUUUUCCAUAGAGCAAAUGCUGGAUUCUGUUAUGAAUAUCAGUUAGUGGAUGUUCCUGAAUACCGUGGCAGAGGUGAGACUGCCCCUUCUCCGUGGUUCUACCAAAACGUGGGGGAGGCUGAGUACAUUGUCAGUGUAUAUAUGUUCAUGCGUUUACUAGGGUACCCUGCAAAUAAGAUAUCCAUCUUGACAACAUACAACGGGCAGAAACUUCUGAUCCGUGAUGUUAUUGCCAGACGAUGUCUUCCAUUUGACUUCAUUGGUCCACCAAGCAAAGUUACCACAGUUGACAAGUUCCAAGGUCAGCAGAAUGACAUUAUUUUAUUGUCUCUUGUGCGUACUCGCUUUGUGGGCCACCUUCGUGAUGUUAGAAGAUUGGUUGUUGCCAUGUCUCGUGCUCGACUUGGGCUUUAUGUUUUUUGUUGCCGUUCUCUGUUUGAACAAUGUUAUGAACUUCAGCCCACUUUUCAACUUCUGCUCCAGAGACCUGAUCGCCUUGCCCUAAAUAUGAAUGAGACUGCACCAUUUACUGACCGUCACGUUGAAGAUACUGGACCCAUCCAUUAUGUCAGCGGCGUUGAAGAGAUGGAGAACAUUGUCAAUUAUAAAAUCUAUCAGGCACAAAUGAUGAGCCAUCAGUUCUCUGCAUACUCGAGACAAGUGGGUGAUUCAGAGCAAGAUGGCCUGCAGAAUUUGGCAUCCUCACACACUUUCAUGGAUUCUGGUACACCUGCUUUGGAAAAUAGUGCACACAAGGAUAUGCCAUCUGAGGACAAGUCAGAUGAAAUUACACAGAUGGAAACAAUUGCUAAUCAAAAUGGAGAUAUUCCACUCACAAGCCAUUCAAAUGGGGAGGCUGAUAUGGAAGUUGCUACUAAUGACAAAAAUGCUAUGGAACUUGAAAGCAGUUCUAAUGAAGAGAGCAAAAUUGAAGAGUAAUCUGAUAAAGGAGAGCGAGCUCACAAUUAGAGAUUUCUCUUGUGCAGGAGACCUGAAAUAAGUACAGGUACCGACACAUCUGUAAUGACUACAGUAGCCUCUAUUGGAUGCUUGGUCCAAAUGAUCACAGCUUCUAUGAUUGUUGAAUAUGCUAUGUCCAAAUGACUACAGUAGCCUCUACUGACCAUUGCUUUUUGUGUAUCUGCAUCAAUGAUAUAAGGUUCUGAAUCAAAAAGCAGGGGAAAACAUGUAUCUUAGGACCCAAAGCCUAUAAACCAACACUCCAGCCCUCAAAUGUGAUCAUGCCAUUCAAAGUUGUAGAAUCAAAAUUGAGAUUAUUAUCUGAGACUGCAUUCUGCC